CCACCCGGUCCUGCCUCCUCGCGGGGCCGGGCGAUGGGCGGGGAAUGGGCCGGACCCCUUAAAGGGAGGCCGGCCAGGGACCGGGCUGCCUCCGCCCGGUCGCCGUGUCUUCUCAGCCCGGCUACAGCGGAGGGCGCGCCUCUGGGCCUCCUCGCGUGCGGCUGCGUAGACCGAGAGGUGAGAAGAGGCGCGGGGACCGGAGAAGAGGGGAAGGGGCGGGCCGGCCUCCACGCGCCUGCGGGCGCCCCUUAGGGUGGUCCUGGCCUGUGUCUCUCAGGCGUCGUGGGAGGAAACCCAGACAACGGUGGCCGCGGGAGUCGUAGUCCGGCCGGCCGUCGGAGGUGGGCGUGCGUCGCGGAGAUUCCUCAGGUCGGCAGGGGUCGGGACAGGAAAAAGAUUAAAGGCCCCCUCCCCUCGCUCCCAUUUUCCCGACCCUGCCCUUCGGGCUGAGAGACUGCCCCCGCCCCACCCCACACAUCACACGGGGGACUGGAGUUCUGGCUGAGCAGUCUCCAACCCAGAUAUCUGGGAGUGGGACCGAGGAGAUCUAAGACACGCCCCCGCCCCGGACAGAUGGGGAAACAGGCCUGGAGAGGAGAGAGGAUUUAGGUAUUUUGGUUGUUAAAUUUCUAUAACCCCCCAGAAAAACUCCACUGCCAUCGAGUCGAUUCCAACUCAUAGCGCCCCUAUAGGACGGGGUAGAACUGCCCCAUAGAGUUUCCAAGGAGCGCCUGGUGAAUUUGAACUGCCGACCUUUUGAUUAGCAGCUAUAGCACUUAACCUCUGUGCCACCACGGUUUCCUGAAUUCCUAUAUCAUAUGUUAAUGGUGGUGGAAUAAUGUGGAAAAGGAUAGCCAUAGUGGUUGCACAACUUGAAGAGUGUAAUCAGUGUCUCUGAAUUGUCCAUGUAGAAAUUGUUAAAUUGCCAUGUUUUCUUGUGUAUAUUUUCACCACGAUUAAAAAAAAAAAAAAAUCACACACCAGGUUGGGUACAAAAUCUGGACCUGUACUUUUUCCACACUCAUAGACUGUCCAAGUUGGAAUCCUUUCACUGGAUAGGUGGGGACACUGAGAGAACAUAGGGAGGACCAGGGCCUAGACUAAAAUUACACAGCAAGUCAUUUGCAGAACUAGGACUUGUAUUCAGCUCUCCCACACUCAUAGACUACUAGGCUGGACCUGGUUCUUGAACAGAUUGAGGACCACAGUGAGUUAGAAAGCAGUCACGACUUAAAUUCCCAUUUUCUGACACUCAUCUUCCUCUCCUUGCCUCCGUGGCUCUUUAUGUAAAAUCUGGAACUAAUGUGAUAUCCAGUAGCGGGUUAAGCAGAAGUUCUUGUUUUUGAAAAUUGAGUCAAGAAGAAACGGAGGGCUGUAACUGUUGGAAGGGACAUCAUGAGCAAAGGAAUGCUUCUUCAGGAGUCUCAAGGCAGGAGAUAGCAAGGAACAGAAACUAAUAGCUAAUCAUUUAUUGAGCAAAUGCUAUGUGCCAGGCGCUGUGCUAAGUACGUUACUUGCAUUAGCCUCAGAACAAGCCUGCAAGGUAGGUAGUGUUAUCCUCAUUUUACAAGUGUGAAAUUGGUGCUGAGUAAAAGGAAGGUUUCACCCAGUGCCACUGGCUGAACAGUGGGUGAACAGUGUAGCUAGGAUUUGAAUAGAGAUCUGUCUGAUACCAGAACAAACCCAGUGAUUCUCCAAGUGUGGUCUUCAGCUCUUUGCUCAGAAUCACACAGGGUGCAAUCUUGGAUCUUAUCCCCGGAUUUGCAGGAAUGAGCCUAAGAAUCUGCAGUUCAAAAGCACUCUGUGGUGCAGUGGUUAAGAACUUGGUGCUAACCAAAAGGUCAGCAGUUUGAAUCCACCAGCCACUCCUCAGAAACCCUGUGGGGCAGUUCUACUCUGUCUUACAGGGUUGCUCUGAGUCGGAAUCAUGGACUUGAGGGCAACAAGUUUUUUGGUUUUGGGUAUUUGAAAAUCAUUGCACUGUAAUGUGCUGCCUCCUAGGGGAAGCUCUAGAAGUGACAAACAUAUUCAGGGCUUUGGGGAGAUCCAAAUUGGACUUACUGCUAGACAAAACACUUAGUGAGAGUAAACUCCCAGGCAGAUGCUUGCCAACUAUAAUGUCUUGACACUUGCUUGGUUAGAUGUGGUGAAGGUGGAGGAGGAGUUAGUUAGAGAGAGACCAAUGGGGAAGAUAACUCCUUUUUCCUUACCAUGUAGCCGUUAAACUAUCAUUCAGCCUUUCCACUCAAAAAAUGUUUGUUAAGCACUUAUUAGGUGCCACGCGCAGUUCAAAACAGUAAAUCAUUGUCCUCUUCGGAAAGACAGACAAUUAACGAAAAAGUAAAUGUAUAGUUUGGGAUGGUGGGAAAGGCCAUGGAGAAAAAUGAAGUCAAGGGAAUAGAAGUGCAAGGCAGGGAUGGGCCCAGCAAGGAGUCAUAGUGGCUGCAGUGGUUCUAUUUUAUGUAUUGGUCCCAGGAAGGAACUGAUUGAUAAGGUGGCAUUUGAGCAAAAACCUAGAAGUUGGGGCAAUUCAUGAAAAUAACUGAGGAAGAGCAUUCCAGUUAGAGGGACUAACAAAAGCAUAGAGGAGGUGGGAGCUUUCUUGGCUUGUUUGACUCUUGUCUGCAGAAUUAACUAUUCUAAUUAAAAUGUAGCCACAUGGGUAAAUUUUAUGUUAAUAGAAAAAAAAGAGAAAAUGUUACCAACGCAUGUGUGUGUGACAUUGAAAAAUAAAAAUAAUUUCACUCUUAAUCCUUAACCCAAACCAAACCUACUUCAGUGGGAACAACCCACAUUUCUAUCAACAGAUGGAUAAACAACAUGUGGGAUACACACAAUAUUAUUCAGCCGUAAAAAGAAGUGAAGUUCUGAUAAAUGCUACAGCAUGAAUGAACCUUGAAAACAUGCUAAGUGAAAUAAGUCAGACACAAAAGGACAAAUAUUGUGUGGUCCCACUUACAUGAAAUACCUACAACUGGCAAAUGCAUAGAGAUAAAAAUAGAUUAGUGGUUACCAGGGGCUAGAGGGUGGAGGAUUGGAGAGUUAUUUCUUAAUGGGAACAGAACUUCAGUUUGUGGUGAUGAAAAUGUUUUGGAAAUAGAUAGUGGUGAUGGUUGCACAACAUUGUGAAUGUAAUCAAUCCCACUGAACUAUACACUUAAACAUAGUUAAAAUGGCGAAUUUUCUUAUGUAUGUUACCACAAUAAGAAAAAAAAAGGCCAUAAAAAUAGAUUAGUUAAUGGUGGUAUCUUCCACUGUCAGUUGGCUUUUUGAAAUGAAACAUCGAGACAUUUCUCAGCCUUAACCAAGUGGCUCGUGUUUAAAAAAAAAAACAACUUUUUUUGGUUUUCUUGCUUUUUUCAUCCUCCCUCCUUACCUCUCUUCUUCAUUCCUUUAACUCAGAGGUAAAGAAUAUAGGGUAUUAGUGUACCUCUCAAUGCCCUCACUCAUAGAGAAGUUACUGGAAAGGUUGUAAACUUGGAAAGGAAAAAAAAAAAGAGUACUGGAAAAUUAUUUCCAAACUACACAAUCCACACCUAUUCCAGUUUGGUUCAACUGAGAUUUUUCCAUAUAGAGAAGAGGCUUUUUGGUAGAUGACUUGUUCACGUAAAUAUUACGUUAAUGUUAAGACUUCAAAUUUUCCACAAACUUGACUACACAGUUUUAUAGGUUGAUUCUAGUUUUCCUGCAAUUAUUUGAUGAUAUGUCUACAUGGAGAGACUGGCAUAGGCAGCAUAUGGAAGGAUAAAAGGUGACAAGUCAGGAUACUUGGAUUCUAGCUCCAGCUCUAUCUUGAAUUAGCAAAUGAUUUCACUAUCCUGGGCUUUUAUUCCUUUAACUAAAAAAUCUGGGGUUUGGAGUUCAUGAUCUGUAGUCCCUGGGUGAUGUGACUGUUAACGCUUGGCUGCUAAUUGAAAAGUUGGAGGUUCAAGUUCACCCAGAGGCACCUGGAAAGAAAGGCAUGUCAGUCUACUUCCUAAAAGUUAGCCUUUGAAAACCCUUUGGAGAACAAUUCUUUUCUUACCGUGGGGUUGCCAUGAGUCGGAGUCAACUCAGUGGCAGAUGGUCUGGGCUAUCUGCAUGCCUUACCUAUCUCCCAAAUCCUAUAAUCCAGGAAAACUUCCAUUCAAUGACUUGCUCAUUCAGUACAAGCUUUCUCAGUGAGAAAUACAUGCAUGGUGGGACAAGAGAGCUGUGGCUGACUGGAUUCCAGAACUCUUGACAACCAGGUUUGGAAAAGAAACCACCAAGAGCUGCUCCAGAAUAGAAGGAUGUAAGAAGUGCACUCAAGGCAGCUUGGCCUGAAAGCAGAAAGUGGGAAGACGGUUACAGAUCAGUCCUGUUGAGGAGUAAAGAGCUGCUUAGGAAGCUGAAGCACCUGUCUCCAGAAAUGUCCCUGGAAAGUAAAGAACAACAAGUCCUUUCACCCAGGGACUCAUCUGAAGAAAAUGACCAAUACAGUCUUCAGUCUAGAAUCCAUCUGGAGCCUCAAGAGGAAUCGAGUACUGACUUCAAGCAAUUUAGGACCAAUAAUCAAUGCAGACCUCAUUCUAGGAUCCAUAUGGAACCUCGACAGAAAUCAAAUACUGACUUCAAACACUUUGUCAUCAAAAAGCUACGGAAGACUUGCCAGUGCAGCCCAGCCAAAGCAAAAAACAUGAUUUUUGGUUUCCUUCCUGUUUUGCAGUGGCUUCCAAAAUAUGAUCUGAAGAAAAACAUUUUAGGAGAUAUAAUGUCUGGUUUGAUUGUGGGCAUCUUACUGGUGCCCCAGUCUAUUGCUUAUUCUCUGCUGGCUGGCCAAGAACCCAUCUAUGGCCUGUACACGUCCUUUUUUGCCAGCAUAAUUUAUUUCCUAUUAGGUACCUCCCGUCACAUCUCUGUGGGCAUUUUUGGAGUAUUGUGCCUUAUGAUUGGUGAGGUAGUUGAUCGGGAACUACACAAAGCUGGCUAUGACACUGCCCAUAUUGCUCCUUCUUCAGGAGUGUUUUCAAAUGAGAGCACAUCUUUAAACCACACAUUACAUGAGACAUGUGACAGAAGUUGCUAUGCAAUUAGAGUUGGCAGCACUGUAACCUUUAUGGCUGGAGUUUAUCAGGUAGCGAUGGGCUUCUUUCAAGUGGGUUUUGUUUCUGUCUACCUCUCAGAUGCCUUGCUGAGUGGAUUUGUCACCGGUGCCUCCUUCACUAUUCUUACAUCUCAGGCCAAGUAUCUCCUUGGGCUCAGCCUUCCUCGGAGUAAUGGUGUGGGCUCACUUAUCACUGCCUGGAUACAUAUCUUCAGAAACAUCCAUAAGACCAAUCUCUGUGAUCUCAUCACCAGCUUUUUGUGCCUUUUGGUUCUUUUGCCAACCAAAGAACUCAACGAGCACUUCAAGUCCAAGCUUAAGGCACCAAUUCCCACUGAACUCAUUGUAGUUAUAGCAGCCACAUUAGCCUCUCACUUUGGAAAACUAAAUGAAAACUACAACUCCAGUAUUGCUGGACAUAUUCCCACUGGGUUUAUGCCUCCCAAAUCACCAGACUGGAACUUAAUUCCUAGUGUGGCUGUAGAUGCAAUAGCUAUUUCUAUCAUUGGUUUUGCUAUCACUGUAUCACUUUCUGAGAUGUUUGCCAAGAAACAUGGCUACACAGUCAAAGCAAAUCAGGAAAUGUAUGCCAUUGGCUUUUGCAAUAUCAUCCCUUCCUUUUUCCACUGCUUUACUACUAGCGCAGCUCUUGCAAAGACGCUGGUUAAAGAGUCGACAGGCUGCCAAACUCAACUUUCUGGUGUGGUAACAGCCCUGGUUCUUUUGUUGGUCCUCCUGGUAAUAGCUCCUUUAUUCUUCUCCCUUCAGAAAUGUGUCCUUGGUGUGAUCACUAUUGUAAAUCUGCGGGGAGCCCUACUUAAAUUUAGGGAUCUGCCCCAGAUGUGGAGGCUUAGCAGAAUGGAUACAGUUAUUUGGUUUGUUACGAUGUUGUCCUCUGCACUGCUAAGUACAGAAAUAGGCCUGCUUGUUGGAGUUUGUUUCUCUAUGUUUUGUGUCAUUCUCCGCACUCAGAAGCCAAAGAGUUCGUUGCUUGGCCUGGUAGAAGAUUCUGAGAUCUUUGAAUCCACAUCUGUUUACCAGAACCUUCAGACUAAGCCGGGAAUCAAGAUUUUCCGCUUUGUAGCCCCUCUCUACUACAUAAACAAAGAAUGUUUUAAAUCUGCUUUAUACAAAAAAACUCUCAACCCAGUCUUAAUAAAGGCAGCUCAGAGGAAGGCUGCAAAGAGGAAGAUCAAAGAGGAAACUUUCAGGAGAAUGCAGGAUGAAGUUUCCGUGCAUCUUUCCCAUGAACCCCUGGAGCUCCACACAAUAGUGAUUGACUGCAGUGCAAUACAAUUUUUAGAUACAGCAGGGAUCCACACACUGAAAGAAGUUCACAGAGAUUAUGAAGCAGUCGGUAUCCAGGUUCUGCUGGCUCACUGCAAUCCCUCUGUAAGGGACUCCCUGGCCAGGGGAGAGUAUUGCAAAAACGAAGAAGAAAAUCUGCUCUUCUAUAGUGUGUAUGAAGCGAUGGUCUUUGCAGUGGAAUCUCAGAAUCAGAAAGGAGUAUGUGUUCUCAAUGGUCUGAGUCUUUCUAGUGAUUGAUGAAGAAUGUAGGUGGAAGGAAGAAAAAUGUCCAGCCAAUAGGUUAAAAUAUCCACUUCCACAGUGGAAAAUAUUACACACUUAAAAUUUUAAACUAUUGGCUAGACGUUAUUCUUUCUUUGAAGCUAAUGGCAUUUGUAUGGAGCCCUGGUGGCACACUUUGUAUGUACGUAAAUGCAGUAGAGCUAAUGGCUAGACAAAAGAAAAAAUAAAAUCUUUUGGCUUCAAGCUUUAGUGCAGAUAUGAGGCAUUCUUACUAUUGUUGUUAGGUGCCUUCAAAUGGGCUCCGACUCAUAGUGACCCUACGUACAACAGAACGAAACACUGCCUGGUCCUCCAAUCCUCACGAUCAUUGCUAUGAUUGGGCCCAUUGUUUCAGCCACUGUGUCAGUCCAUCUCAUCGAGGGUACUGCUCUUUUUGGCUGACCCGCUCAACUUUACCAAGCAUGAUGUUCUCCCCACCUGAUAGCAUGUCCAAAGUAUGCAAGAAGUCUUGCCAUCCUCGCUUCUGAGGAACAUUCUGGCUGUACUUCUUCCGUGACAGACUUGUUUGUUCUUCUGGCAGUCUAUAAUAUAGUCAAUAUUCUUCACCAAUACCAUAAUUCAAAUUUAUCGAUAAUUCUUGGGUCUUCCUUAUUCAUCAUCCAGCUUUCGCAUAUAUACAAGGUGAUUGAAAAUACCAUGGCCGGGUCAGAUGCACUUUAGCCCUCAAAGUGACAUCUUUGCCUUUUAACACUUUAAAGAGGUCUUUUGCAGCAGAUUUAUCCAAUGUAAUACAUCGUUUGAUUUCUUGACUGCUGCUUCCAAUGGGCGUUGAUUAUGGUUCCAAGUAAAAUGAAAUCCUUGACAACUUCAAUCUUUGCUCCAUUUAUCAUGAUGUUGCUUGUUGGUCCAGUUAUGAGGAUUUUUUUUUUCUUGAGGUGUAAUCUGUACUGAAGGCUGUAGUCUUUUAUCUUCAUCAGUAAGUGCUUCAAGUUCACUUUGCUUUCAGCAAGCAAGGUUGUGUCACCUGCAUAUCGCAGGUUGUUAGUGAGUCUUCCUCCUGAUGCUGCGUUCUUCAUAUAGCUCAGCUUCUUAGAUUAUUUGCUUAGCAUACAGAUUGAAUAAGUAUGGUGAAAGGAUACAAUCCUGAUGCACACCUUUCCUGAUUUUAAAGCAUGCAGUAUCCCCUUAUGCUAGUCAAACACCACCUCUUGGUCUAUGUACAGGUUUCACAUGAGCACAGUUAAGUGUUCUGGAAUUUCCAUUCUUCACAAUGUUAUCCAUAAUUUGUUAUGAUCUACACAGUUGGUUGCCUUUGUGUAGUCACUAAAACAGGUAAACAUCUUUCUGGUAUUCUCUGCUUUCAGCCAAGAUCCAUCUGACAUUAGCAGUGAUAUCCCUUGUUCCCACGUCCGCAUCUGAACCUGACUUGAAUUUCUGGCACUUCCCUGUUGAUGUACUGCUGCAACUGUUUUUGAAUUGCCUUCAGCAAAAUUUUACUUGCAUGGGAUAUUAAUGAAAUUAUUUGAUAAUAUCUACAUUGUCUUGGAUCAUCUUUCUUUGGAAUUGGCACAAACACGGAUCUCUUCCUGUCAGUUGGCCAGGUAGCUUGUCUUCCAGAUUUCUUGCCAUGGAUGAGUAAGCAUCUCUGGCGCUGCAUCCAUUCACUGAAACAUCUCAGUUGGUAUUCCAUCAAUUCUUGGAGCCUCAUUUUUUUGCCAGUGCCUUCAGUGUACCUUGGACUUCUUUCAGUACCAUCAGUUCUUGAUUGUAUGCUAAGUCCUGAAAUGGCUGAAUGUCAACCAGUUCUUUUUGGUACAGUGACUCGGGAGUAUUCUUUCCAUUGGAAGUUGUCAAAAAUGAAAUGUAACACUUAAAGAUAGAUAUCCUAGGCAUUAGUGAGCUGAAAUGGACUGGUAUUGGCCAUUUUGAAACAGUCAUAUGGUCUACUAUGCCAGGAAUGACAAAUUGAAGGGAACGGUGUCACAUUCAUCGUCAGAAAGAACAUUUCAAGAUCUGUCCUGAAGUACAGCGUUGUCAGUGAUAGGAUAAUAUCCAUACACCUACAAGGAAGACAAGGUUAAUAUGACUGUUACUCAAAUUCAUGCAGCAACCACAAUGCCAAAGGUGAAGAAAUUGAAGAUUUUUACCAACUUCUGCAGUCUGAAAUUGAUCAUACAUAAAAUCAAGAUGCUGAUAAUUACUGGUGAUUGGAAUGCGAAAGUUGGAAACAAAGAAGGAUCAGUAGUUGGAAAACAUGGCCUUGGUGAUAGAAAUGAUGCCAGAGAUCACAUGAUAGAAUUUUGCAAGACCAACUCACUGGAAAUACCUUUUUUCAACAACGUAAAUGGAGACUAUACACGUGGACCUUACCAGGUGGACUACACAAGAAUCAAAUCCACUACAUCUGUGGAAAGAGUUGAUGGAGCUCAGUAUCAUCAGAACAAGGCCAGGGGCCGGUCAUGGAACAAGACUAUCAUUUGCUCAUGUGCAAGUUCAAGUUGAAGCUGAAGGAAAUUAAAACAAGUCCAUGAGAGCCAAAAUACAACCUUGAGUAUAUCCCACCUGAAUUUAGAGACCAUUUCAAGAAUAGAUUUGAUGCAUUGAACACUAAUGACCAAAGACCAGACGAGUCGUGGGACAUCAAGGACAUCAUACAUGAAGAAAGCAAAAGGUCACUAAAAAAAAAGGAAAGAAAGAAAAGACUAAAACAGAUGACCAAAAGAGACUCUGAAACUUGAACACGGAGUAGUUAAUGCAAAUGGAAGAAAUGAUGAAGUAGGAAGAUGAAUGGAAAAUCUCAAAGGACGGCUUGCUAAGACAGAGUAUUAUAAUGAAAUGUGCAAAGGCCUGGAGUUAGAAAACAAAAAGGGAAGAACACGCUUGGCGUUUUUCAAGCUGAAAAAACUGAUAAAAAAUUCAAGCCUCGAGUUGGCAAUAUUGAAGGAUUCUGUGGGCAAAAUAUUGAAUGACUCGGACGCAUCAAAAGAAGAUGGAAAGAAUAUACAGAGUUACUGUACCAAAAAGAAUUGUUCAACAUUCAGCCAUUUCAGGAGGUAGCAUAUGCUCAAGAACCGAGGUAUUCUUGGAGUGUAAUAAACUGUCUAUUGAAUUGAACUGUAAAGUAGCCCCAAUGCUUCACUACUAUCCUAUUUUAGAGGAUAUGCAUUUUGGACUCUUCUCUCAGGUAAAGGGGUGAACCUGGGAUUUGCAUUAGAAGUGCUAGAGCCUUUACAAGGCUCUUUUUUUUUUUUUUUUCAGUAGGGAGGGAGGGAAAGGAAGGAGGGGAAGAAAAUUGCACCUGCUCUUGUACCGGAAGGCCAGGAGGUUUCUGGAGCACAGAGUCAUAACCGGAGAGCUUUGUUCUUAUUGUGCUUCUCUUUUCCCAGCCUUAGCUCUCCAGACAGCAGUAGGGUAUCUGGCUUUUAGUAGGAAGGCACCAUUCCUCUCCUUAAGGCAAGGAACUAUGGGUAUGGUCACAUCAGGAUUCCAGAUGGCUGGGCAGGUUUGUGACAUCCUGACAGCCAGUGUGCCAUUAUACAGAACACCCUUUAUACAGGGCAGGACGCCAACUUAGCAAUUCUCUAUAUCAUUUUAAAUGAACUUGAGGCAAACAGUCAUGGAUAGAUUGUAAAAAGAAAUGAUUGACAGUUUCCCAUAAGGAUUGGUUUACUUAGCAAACCCUCCCCCCUCCACCCAUAGCAUUUCAGCAAGGAUUCUCAAAUAGAAGCUUCUGUUCAUCUUUACUCUGCAAGAAAAAGUCACUGUAAUCAAUGGGUAAGAAUACAUAGCAUGAUAGAUGCUUCCAAAAGGACAUCAAUGAUUAAUUUUAGAUGUUUUAGUGAAAGCAAAGCUAAUGCUUACUGCCAUGCACCUAUUGGUGUACAGUAAACAUUGAUGACAGUGACAGCUUUUAACUCUUCAAGUCACUUUAAACCAUUACGCAAGAGGAUAUAGAAGCAUCAUAUUCAUACAACCCAAACUCUAUGGGUAUAUUAUUUAUGAUAACUGGCCACAGGUUGUGAGUUAAAGAAUAGUUUUCCUUUGAAAAGCAAGAUAUGUUUGACAUUGAAAGUUUAUCUGGAGCUUGACAGGUGAGAAAAAAAAGUUCCUUUGAUAUCUGGAAUAGGAGACUAAUUUAUGUGAGGUUGAAACAUUUUACCAUGUCUUUUAAACAAAGUAAUUGCAUAAGUGCAAAAUCAUUUUAAAACUACUACAUUUUAAGCAGUUUUAAAUAUGAGAGGCAAACCGUAUGUGUAGAGUGUCUAUUAUAUAUAUAUACACACACACAUACAUAUAAAUAUAUAUAUAUACACAUAUACAUAAAUCUUUCUUGCUAUUUCUAUGAAGUGCCAGUGUUGCUUUUCUAUAGUUAGAGCUUUGCCCAUCUGUUUAUGUGGAAUGGAAAAUACCUUUCCCUUUUCACAAGGCAGUUUCUCAGUAGAAAAAGUAGAUUUCUGUCUUUGAAGUGAUUGACCUUAUGAAUAAAUGUAAUAGUGUCCUUACAUUCUUUUGGAACUUAGGUCUAGAAUUUCAGACAUGUUAACUGCUGCUGCUUGCAUUUGUGCCCUUUUUGGUUUAUUUUUAGCCAGUAUUCUUUCUCCCCAGCUUUAUAAAAAAGUAAAAUCACAGUAUCUUGCUUGGUCAUUUGUUUGAAAUUUCCCUUGCCCCUUCCCCAAGCCAGGUGUGAAUUGAGACUAUUACAGAUAUCGAAUGCCCUGUCAAGGAAUCAAAUGACAUAUUGCAGUGGGCAAAUCUAGCCACAAAAGACCCUUUUAAAGUGUGAAAAAGCAAAGAUGUCACUUUGAGGUGCGCCUCACCCAAGCCAUGGUAUUUUCAGUCACCUCAUAUGCAUGGGAAAGCUGGACGGUGAAUAAGGAAGACUGAAGAAGAAUUGAUACCUUUGAAUUAUAAUAUACCAUGGACUUCCAGAAAAAUGAACAAAUCUGUCUUGGAAGAAGUACAGCCAGAAUGCUUCUUAGAAGUGAGGAUGGCAAGACCGUCUCACGUACUUUGGACAUGUUUUAUUAGGAGCGACCAGUCCCUGGAAAAGACAUUACGUUUGGCAAAGUAGAGCGUCAGUGAAAAAGAGGAAGACCCUCAAGGAGAUGGAUUGACACGGUGACUGCAACAAUGGGCUCAAACAUAGCACAGAUAUUGAGGAUAGUGCAGGACUGGGCAGUGUUUCGUUCUGUUGUGCAUUCGGUCACUAUGAGUUGAAGUCAGUUGAUGGCACCUAACAACAAUAACAAAUGCCCUGUGAAAUAGCCCUGGUAGCACAGUGGUUAAAGUGCUCAACUGCUAACUGAAAGGUCAGUGGUUCAAACCCACCAGCCGCUCUGUGGGCAAAAGAUGUGGCAGUCUGCUUCCAUAAAGAUUUACAGCCUUGGAAAUGGUAUGGGGCAGUUCUACUCUGUCUUAUAGUGUCGCUAUGAGUUGGAAUUGAUUUGACAGCAGUGGGUUUGGUUUUUGGUUUUUAAUGCCCUGUGACAGGGUAAUGAGUACACAUUUAAGACAACUCUAAUUUAGCAAACACCAGCACAGCAGAAAAAUUUAGUUCAGUCAAAGAAUGGGAAAUCCCUUAGAAGGAUGGAACAAUAGGAUUUGGCGUUUACGUGACAAUUCUGUCCUUAUGUGGAUAUAAACAUUUGUGGAGCUUUAUGCAAUUAGCAAAUUCUUGAAUUGUGUUCUGGUUUGUACCUCUUCUACACAAACAAACAAGAGAUUGUGCUUUUAGUAGUUCAUUAAUAGCCAUUUGUAAAAACAUUUAAGAUUUCACUAGAAUUUACGUUUCACCCUCCGUGCUUGGGUUGAGGUCUGCCUAUACUUGCACAUUGUUAAAAUUUUUUUAUUGCUGGCAUUUAAAGGAAUCAGACCUGGACCCAAAGCCUAAUUCACCAACAAAAACUAAUGUUUUCAUUUGCUUUCUUGCCCAAGGGCUUGAACUUUAGUUCAUUAAGUGAUAUCUUGUACACUGUAUUGACAUAAAAAUCUAUCUUGCUUACUCAUAAGCGGAAGGUCUAAAUGAAGCAUUUUCUCAAUGGUUUUUCAUUGCUUAUUGGCAAAUAUAAAAUCCUGGAUAUCUUAAAGUGGUUAUCAUUUAAUUGAAAUGUGGUUAUACACUAUUUUUUGUUGUUGAACAGAGAGGGGCAAGGGGAGUAGACCAUUGCGAAGACUAUGUGAUCAGUGGAGGGAGAAAAGAGAGGGGCCCAGUUAAAUACAAUCCAGUCCCUGGUUAGCCCCCCUUACAGUAGGGAGAUCAGGAUUAGGAGGCACACCUGUGUUUGGGAGCAAGGUCAGAACCAGCUUAAAUUUCCGGAAAGGAGAGGCUCACAGAUUCACCAGAGCUGAGGAGCACAUGGUAGUCAGGGUGUGGCAAAAGCCUCUGUUAACCUACUCCGAAGCACUGUGUGUUUCAUUUAAGCGGAGUGACUGGCACUAUGUGUCUAGUUGAUAACUGCCCCUCCCCCUUUUUUUAAGUAGGACCAAAGGAAAACAAGGUAAGAUUUAGAUGAUCUGACUUUUAAACAACCGUAGCCAAAAUGUGCUGGUAUAUUUACCAUUAUGGAUUAAUGGUGACUUUUAAAAAUGUAUAGGGAUGUUACAUGAGUUCACUGAACUAUUCUGACACACUAAUGACCACAUUUUUAAAAAUGUGAUAAUUCUGUGCAGAGAUUGUCUUAGCAAUUUGUCAUUUAAAAAGCUUUUAUCUUCAGAGUUAGCUGUAAGUGAGAAAAGGGUUGCAGUGUAUUUUUUUUGGAACUUCAGUCUCAAAUAUAUGAUGAUAAACUCGAGUUCUGUGAUUCUUAUUAAUAUUCUCAAUGUAUUGUUUUCCUCUAAAUUAAUUUUUGAAAUGUAUUACUAUAGGUGAUCACCAAUGUAGACAUUACCUGAAAUACUUCCAGAAGACCUAUGCAGGAGACUAGGGUCUUGGGCCAUGUGCUGGGACUAUGGUACUAAAUCCCGUAGAUGGUCUACGUGGUAACUCCCUGGGGCAGGUAGAGAAGUGCUUUAGGAAGACAGUUGAGCUGAGCUUUGACUGAGAGCUGUGUAGGAGGCAGGCACCUGAGGCCAAUGAGGAGGAGUGAUGCCCCGGGUCUGUUCAUGGAAAGAGUCCACAGCGAAACGGGAAAAACCCAAUGGGUGGGAUUUAGACUGCUUAAUUUUUUUAUUUUUAUUUUUUGGUCUAAUGUUUUAUCUGUUCUAAUGAUGACUUAUUUGAAACUGGGCUUAAAAAACUAUCUGCAAAAAGGAUGAAAUUGGAUCUAGAAAGCUUUUAGGCUCUGAACUAUUUUGGCUUUUGGCUUUAGACACUUGCGAAUGAAAUCAUUAAUUUGAGUGCUAAUUCCAAGAAUGAAAAUCACAAUGGAACAGGCCAAAACACCACACCAGCUAACUUGUUAUCGUAGCCUAUGUAUUAAAUAAAGUAAAAUACUAUAGAAAAAAUACUAUAGAAGUACUAUAAUAAGUUAAAGAUGAAUUUUUAGUGUUUUUAAAAAUUUAAUUUUAGUAAUUUUAUGAAUGGGAAUAUAAAUGUGGAAUGAAUGUGGGAAUGGGAAGAUUUAUUUUUUUAAAAAUGUUUUACAACUGAAAUUUUAAAGUACACAUCUUAAAUACAGUUAGAAGGAAAUUAAUGUUUUUUAAUGUUAAUGAAGGAGGGAGCCUAUUGAAUUCUGAAAACCAAUAAUGAUGGACACUAAAUGCCUUUACUGGAGAUAGUGUAUUUGUAAGUCUACCCUGGAGCCUUAUGUAACAUUUCUUGGACUUGAAUAAUAGUAGUGAAAAAGCCAAAUAGUCUUACUAAAAAACACAAAUGAAAAAACUUCUUACCGAAGGUUCUUUAGUUAGUAAAUACACAAGCAGUGUAGGCCAGAAAAUCGUUUUAAACUAAAGCUUUAAACUUACUACGGGGAGGCUCUCUCCCCCAAUUUCAUCCCCCAUCCCUAAGACACUAAGAUACUUGGAAUCAAAUGGCUCUUAUAUUUUCAAUCCAAGUUAGCUGUGAAAUUACGGUUUGAGUCCUUAAGCUGCCGUGACUUCCAUCUAUCAGAAAUGAGUGUUUGUGAACAUACCAAUCUAUAUGUUGCCUUUUUGCUUUUUUUUGGCUCCUUUGCAACUUUGUAUACAAAUCAAGACUGUAUCGGGGACAGGUGAAUGAACCUGAAUUGUCAGUCUUAUCUAUUCACCAAAAAGUAUACUCCCUUUUCUUUUUUUCUUAAUUCAAGGCUGAUGACUUUAGGAACAUGUUUUAUAGUACGUAUGUCUUUUCUAAUUAAAGCCAAGUGCCUUGAUGCUAUUUCACAUAAAUCAUGCGUAAACCCGCUUACAGGACAAAGAUGGGUUAUUGUUAGAUUUCAGCCCUGCGGGUGCGGGGUGCAAAGUUGCUUAAUAGCAGACCCUUUUCUUCUGGAAGUAUAUGUUCGUGAUGUUUAUUAUAUACAAUCCAAUAUGUAUAUUGGCAUCUAGAGGUGUGAUUUCUUUUGUCUGAUAAUAAAGUGUUACUAUAUUCUUAUA